AUGGAUAAUAUAGAUACAGCAAGUAGCUCAUUUUCAAGUAGCUGUUCAAUGACAAGUCUUUUCGAUGAGUUAUCAGUCAUCGGGUCCGGGACAUUUGGGGUUGUAUUUAAAGCAAAACUUAAAAUCGGUGGACAUAUAUAUGCGGUUAAAAGGAUCGAGUUGAAUUUUCAGAUUCGCUCAAAAUAUGUGGUCGAGUAUUACAACUCGUGGUUCGAAAGCAAACACCUCUACAUUCAGAUGGAGUACUGUUCGCAGAAUUUAAGGACUAUUCUUGUAGUAAAGCCACAAAUAUUUGGACGACAAUCGGGUGAAGCCAUCGAUUGUGUCGAGUAUUUCAUUUCGUGUGAAAUAUUCCGUCAGAUCUUAGAAAGUGUUCAGUAUUUGCAUGAAUUGAAUCCACAGAUCAUUCACAGAGACCUCAAAUCAGAAAACAUAUUAAUCACCGAUAAUCUGUCGAGAAUAAAUCAGAUUCUCAGGACCCAGAAAUGGUUCAAGCUAAAUAUACCACAAAAGCGGACAUUUAUAACUAAAUGAAUGUGGUAAAUAUGAUAAUAGUCCGUUGCUAAAGUAUAUAGAAAUUUUAACGUUAUUGGUAACUUCGAUGGUUCCAUAUGGACCUCAUUUACCAAGUUGCAAUGAUAUAUUACAAAAUACUGAUGAUUGUCAGCUUGAUAAGGAGUUUAUUGAACACAACAUUGCUGAAUUUACUUUAUUCGCUAGUAAUUCUAUAACUGAUGACAACAAAUUAUUUCAUGAUAUUAUAGCAACAAGGUUUAAAAUUAACAAUAUCGUUUUACGUACAAUUGAUAAAAUAAUCGACGUUAAUAACAAAUGUCCACGAUCAGUAGCACUUCCCGAAAAUUUAAAACACCAAUAGCAAUUUACAAUUAAAGCUGUUUUCUAUAACCAUUGAUAAUAAUCGGAUAUUAUUUGCUAUUUAAACACUAUUUAAAAAGACUUUUACCGGAU